GGAAAGGAUGUUGUUGUCCAGCCAUUUUAUCUUAAUUUUGCCACAGCUUCACAUUCGUAAGAGCAAAAAAACACAGGAAUCAGUCGACGAAGUCAGACAAUUUUGAGUCAGUGUCCACCGCAACGGAGGCUGUUACAGGUCGUGCUAAGAAACGGUACGCGAAGAAAAAAACGAUACCAGUGAAAGAAAAAACUGUUCAACGCUUCAAAGAUGCUACGCAAAUUGUUUCUGAUCGUGACCGCUGUGAACAUUGUUUGGUUCAGUGAAGGGAAAGCGAUUCAAGACUGGAAUUUCAAGCUGGACGCAACGAACGGUGCUCCGAAUGAGUUGAUUAACGAAAAUUCCAAAACGAAUCGGAUCGACCCGGUGGACGAUUGCGUCGAUUGCGAAAGAAAUAAGGCGUGUCCUUACGAGAGCAAAGAGUUAUGCUUAAUAUUUUCUUUAUCGAAAAUCGCUAAAAUUCAGAUCGCCUCGUUGAGCGAGCAUGCAGAGAAAAAUGCGAAGAAUAUCGAAGACAGGAGAGAUGUUUAUCUCGAUUACCCGAAACAGCCCGACAAUUUUCAGGACGACCGUGCGAAAUCGUCGAGCGUUCACUGUCGGGCCAUUCGGGAUGUUUACAUACCGGAAGUCAAGCAACACCUGCCUGCGUUUGCCUGUCAAUUUGGGAAUAACAGGUUCAUCUUAUCGAGCGCGAGAUUUCUUCAAGACCGACGAUCGCACUUGGACAUAAACGUGAACGAGGAUACGUUCAAGAACAUCAAAUCGACUCCGAAAGUCUCGAGAAGCAACGAGUUCAAUGUUGUACCGGCUUUGCUUGUUUUGAACACCGCGAAUAAUGAUUAUAGGAUAGAAAUGCAGGGGAACAUUUCUAAGGAAAGGAACUGACAAAGUAUUUGCUGAAAGUUCAAAUACGCUUUACCUUCGAUUUUACUUGGUAAACAAAUAUCUAUAUUAAACAUUGUAAUUACAGUUGCAUUGGCCUUUGUAAUCGUUAAUUAAGAAAUAUACUAUUUUUAUAAUACAAUUAA